AUGGAGAGAACGGAGGAUGUAACAUAUUUAAAACUCAUUCCAAUGUGUACUGCAGCCGAAAGGAGUGAAGCAUCACUUCUGCUCGGCACUUUCGUUGGAUGUUUCAGCGAAAACGAUAAAUUAGAUCUUGAAGUGUGUGAUGACAGCCGAUAUGUACUGCGUGGCAUACGUAAGUCGUUACGGCAACUGGUUUAUGACGGUAACGGAGUUGAGGCGAAGGAAACCCUCGAGCGACUUGUGCACAUUGUUUGUGAGCGAAGGAUGGCAACAGCUGCAUUGCGCUCUCCUUUUGUAGCACCGAACACCUUAACAUGUUAUUUGCCAUCCAGUGCACAAUGUGAACGGAGGGGUGGAGUUACAAUGUUACGGGUGCUGCGAGAAUUAGUCGGAACCGCUUCCUCGCUAAAUAAUUCCAUCGAAUUGAAUGAAUCCGGCGAUUACACCGGAUGGCCUGUUUCUGUAUUGCCUUGCCCUUUAUUGUACGUUGUGUACUAUUUGACCAGCGCUCAAUGUAGCGAGGGCUCAAAGGACGACUUCUGCAGUCCGUGGGCAAAGCUAUUUUUCGGCGAGUUACUGUCGUUAGAAGGAACUGAGAAUGAUGAACUUGAAGCUGUAGUGGCAUCUUACGAUGAUAUGCCGGGUACGUGUACGUGUGGGCCAACAUCACGUGAAAAUCUUCCACAUACGCAGCAGCCGCUUCUAAUGAAAAAGAUCCGGCAUAAUAUUACACGGCUCUUCUCCACUUCAUUUCCUCACCAUGGUGCGUGGCGUCUACUUUCUUUCAUGGAUGUCUAUUCAGCGUGGAUAAGGCGGGAUUUGCACCGUGCAUUGGAUGGCGCUACGCAAGCAUUGCAUGCUGCGACGUUUGGCGAAGACAAAUGCACUAUGCUGUGGAUUGCACGACAUGUUUUGCGGUUUAUUCAUGCUUUUGCUGUUGCAGCAACGACAAACUUGGCGAACCACGACUCGCGACGUGAGAUGGAAUAUAAGCUCGAGCACGUAAACUCUCAUUACAAUUCCUCCGAUGACGACAGUUUUGCAUGCAAUGAUAGCAUCGCCAGCCAAUUGUAUUUUCCACAUUCCCCGUCUUUGCUCUUGGAUGUGCGGGAGAAUUUCCGCUUUGUGUUGUUUAGCGAUUGGCCUGAUUGCAGUGAGGCAGGUGAGCGUCGUGGAGAGGACAAAACGACAUUCUGCAGAGGUGAUGGUGUUGCAUCCCGGCAAACAAAGCACGUAAACCACCGGCGCUCCAGCGGGAAUAGUGAUAACCUCCCAAGUGGAAGCGCCACGUCUCGGCAGUUCGGCACUUGCCGGGUCUCGUUAUUUGUCUCUCUUCUGGAAGUGUGGCUUCGCGCUAAAAAACAUACUGAUGCUGGUGAGAUGGUCGAAUCCCGCAUCUUGAUAGUAAAUACUCUGGACAGCCUGUUUGACAAUAGCGCUUCCGAUGAGGUGCCAAAAGGACCGUUCUCCGCAUGGGAGCACCGCACUGCCGAAUACAUGUGUCCAAUUCAGUGGCUUCGUCAAGUGCUACUUGUCAACUGUGCAGCACUUGUCGACAGUCCAACCGUUUUGCACAUGCUUUGGAAUUGGCCCCAUCCACUUACUACAGGGGAGUCAGUUUUCCUGGCCGUGUGCCCAACGCUAACCGCUGGUGGGUUGCACUCACCCAUCCUCUCUUGUGUUCCCUUCUGCCCAACGACUUCACCGAUGUGCUUGGAUGAUUUUAUUCAACUUGUGGAUUGUUGGCCCCUUCCUGUGCAGGUGCCAUUGUUGAUGCAGCGGAUUUGGUAUAAGCAACAGGAACUUCAGCGGCCAUCUGUCGACAAGGGGGGUAACAGAAACACCAAGGGCUAUAAUUCUACAGAAGAUGAUAUGUGCUGUGAGGAAGGAGAACGACGACUUUCUCUGCAGUGGGAAGUUUUACAUCUUUGUGAGAUCCUUGUUGACCGUGCACGAGGACUAUCUGGAACUCUCGAAUUAAGUUUCACGGAAUGCUCUCCACACCGCGCUCUGCUCGAGGCAAUUACGACGGUGUGCGAGUUGCAGGAGGAUAUUCUACGCGUAACAGCUACCUGUUUAGCGGGUGAUCACCAAACUUCUUCAUCCAGAUCGCCGAGCAGCGGCAGCGUCAGUAGCGACGGCACUGAGGUUGAGGUCCCAAAUCGUGCAGACAUCACAACUGCUUUGGGUUCAUGUGAAGAGCUUGUUUGCCUUCGUUGCAGAGAAGCAUUUGAAGAUUCUGCUUCAUUAUUCCAUAGGAAUGGACCGACUGAUAAGGAUGACCAACGUGAGAAGUUGGCUGGUAGUGGCGGCCACAAAACCAAUGCAACGGAAGAUCCACUGUUGUUUCAUUUAUUUCCCAUCAUCUCGACCACAAAACCAGUGGUGGCGCAUGAAGUAUUUUGGCUUGCGCACAAGCAACUGCCCCGGUGGGCUGCGGUUUUCCUGCAAAACUACGGUUACCUCAAGGUUUCUGCGGCUGUGUGCAGGCUGCGGAUUGCAGCCGCUGCCUUCGAUCCCACGACACCACAACUCGCGGCGGAGAUGCUGGCUGCUUUUCCUAAUAAUGCGGUGGUAGCUGUUCAUGCUGCUGCAUCGUUAUUUGCGAGUCUUCACAUUGUUCAGGCGAAACAAUGCAUCAACGAGGCGGUUCAGGAGUACCCUCACUCAGCGGAGUUGCACCGUGUUUUCCACAUGAUACAUUCCAGCGGUAACAGAAAGCAGCUGAGGGACCAGCUUAAGGAAACGCCUCAACGCAGUCGGCACAAGAAUAUUGCAGGUAUUACUUACUCGCAUCAGUACCGUGGGAUGUGUACUGUGCGCUACAAGGUUGCGCAAUGCGACAGUGUUGCACACUGGUUGCAAGUAUUUGCCUCUGUUGUCUGUGUGUUUUUUUGGAUAGCUUCACUCGGCCUCUAUUUUUUUGAUAAUGUUUUAAGAACCGCGGUAGAUGUCAGUGAUUCCCCGCCACCUUCAUUCCAGACUUCUAACGAAACAGCGAUUGAUGGCACACCGACGCAUGGUGCAAGAAGACGCUGGUCGUUUAAGUUAUUUUUUUCUCCUCUUAUUUACCUUUCUGCGUUUCUUCUUGUAUACGCGAUUACCGCUGCCGUUGUUGUUCCCAUUCUUGCGGGACGUCAAUCUAAAUGGAAACGGCGAUGUGCACUCGUGAACAGGUUCCUUCGCUCUUUGCUUGAGGAGCAAUCUCUUGUGAACACUGCUCUUAACAGAAUAAACUUCUGUCUUCGCGGUAUGGCACUUGUGAACAUCAUAACAGCUGUACAGCUCGUCACAAGCAACAUAAUUUCCCUUCGUACCCCAGAUUAUCGUCUUGAAGCGACGAACUGGAUGAGCACUAAGUCCCAUGUACCAAAUACGUUACCGGAUGGUGAUUUUACCAAUUGGUGUAUUGCUUUGUCGCUUCUACUACCUGUGCUUUUAUUUGGAGUUGCCUUUCAUGGUACCGCGUGGCGAGUGGUGCGUGGCUGCGAUACUAUGGUAGGAUCCGCAACAACGUAUACUACCGUUUUUUUCAUUGACUUAACCACUUUUAUUAUAUUUUUUCCUCUUCACUUUAUCUGUUCUGUGUUGGUAGAACCACUACUUUUUACUCUUGUGGCUGCGUUUACCAUCGGGACAUCAUUACCUGUACUGCUUGAGCGACUACCUCUUGUGCCACCCGACAGCCUGCUCCACCCUUUGAGUUGUCCAAGCGCCGAUGAAAAAAAACAGUGCCAUGACAGAAACGACUUCUGUGCUCGAUCGGCAUCUUUCUUUUCUAAUCGGUUACUUGCGAAUAUGCCACCCACGAAGUGGUCACCCAAUCUCAACUGUGUAAGAGCACUGCUCUGCGCACACGAGGUGGUGUGGCCUCCGGACAGGGCACAGAAAACUAAAUCCCAACAUCGCUUCAACAAUUUUUGCAGUGGCAUUAAUAACACUAAUGGUUGCCAACACCCCCUCCAACAACUGCUUUGCCGCUGCAUCAGGUGGUACAUUACGAUGCACAGUUUUCUUUUCUGGGGCUCGGUCGCUCGUUAUGAAAAAAGCAGAUCAGCGGUACGUUUGGAACUCGUCCAUGAGGGAUACAGGGAGUUUUUUCAACCACAAUCAGCUGCGUCAUGGGAAACCGCAACGCAGGACAGUAACGAACUUCGGGUGGUCACACUCCCUUUUAAAUCGUUAGACCAUCAAAAAAUGCCAAAAUCAGAAACAUUGUUUGGUUGA